AUCGACAACACUCCCAGAUCUAGUGUGCACGGAAAGCACAAAUUCCGAGUUUCUUUAAUCAAUUAUUAUUCAUUUUUAUUCAACUUUAGUCAUAGUGUGUGUCGACCGGCUGAGAUAUGGAGCUCGAAAUAGUAAACGCAAAGUCUAGCAAACCUUACGGAAAGGUGACCGUGUCGAGUCCCAGCACUACAAUUAGCGAUUUACGUGUUUUAAUUCAUAAGAAUUUAAAGCAAACACCGGAUGCCAAUCGCCAAUCACUGCGUCUGGAUUCUCGUGGUAAAAGUGUCAAGGAUUCGGACACAUUGCAGUCGUUGUCGCUGAGUAAUGGAGAUAAGGUUUACAUUAAGGACUUGGGGCCACAAAUUGGAUGGAAAACUGUUUUCCUGGCUGAAUAUGCCGGACCAUUGAUUGUCUAUUUGCUUUUCUAUUUCCGUCCGGAGUUAAUUUAUGGCCAGGCGGCCAGCAAACCAAUCUCCCUGACCACGCAUAUUGCUGCCGGCUGUUAUACAGUCCACUAUGUGAAGCGUCUGCUGGAGACCAUCUUUGUGCAUCGUUUCUCCCAUGCUACAAUGCCUUUGCGAAAUUUAUUUAAGAAUUGCAGCUACUAUUGGGGAUUCACGGCAUAUGUCUCGUAUCAUGUCAAUCAUCCAUUGUACACUUCGCCAUGCUUGUGCACAGUUAUGCCAGCUUUGAUGUCUUUUAUUUUUUGUGAAUUGGGUAACUUUUCAAUUCAUGUUGCCUUGCGUAAUUUGCGUCCACCUGGCACUAAAGUACGCCGUAUUCCUGAGCCGGACACUAACCCUUUGACCAAGUUGUUCAACCUGGUAUCUUGCCCCAAUUAUACCUUUGAAAUUGGUGCCUGGUUGUCUUUUUCAGUAAUGACCUGCUGCCUGGCAGCUUAUCUGUUUGCCUUUGCCGGUGCCUUCCAGAUGACCAUCUGGGCCUUGGCCAAACAUCGCAACUACAAAAAGGAAUUCAAGGAUUAUCCUCGUCAACGCCGCUCUAUUUUUCCAUAUGUUUUGUAAAAUGGGAUUAGUUUUAUAAUUCAACGAACAAAAGAUGAUAGCAUUUCCAUACACUUUAUUCCAACAUUUUAUAUAUAUUUAAUUCAAUGGGUUAGUUGAUAUACAUAUGAACUUUGCGCUUUUGGUUAUACACAAAGCAAAUAAAAACUGGAAAAACUGUA